AUGGCGUCGAGCGCGGCGCGCGGACGUGCGUCGAUCGCGCGCGCGCUCGCGCGUGGACGCGAACGCGUGGGACGACGGGACGCGCGCGCGCGGGCGAGGACGAGUGACGUGCCGGCGCACGAGAGCUCGCUCGCGGCGAUGGGGCUGACGCCGGAGCGACGGACGGGGGGGGGGGUGCGCGCGACGGGGACGACGUUCACGACGUCGGCGACGUGUCCGUUCGCGCAUCGGUGCUGGCUCGCGCUCACGGAGCUGGACGCGGGGUAUGAUUUGGAAUUGGUGAAUCUCGAGGCGAAGACGGAGGCGUUCGAGACGCUCUUCGCGCGCGCGGCGCCGGACGCGCGGGCGAACCCGAGCGUGCCGAUCCUGACGCACGACGGGACGAUCAUGGUGGAGAGCGCGUUGAUUUUGAAGUACAUCUCGGAGACGUUCGAGCGAGAGGGGAAAUCGAUUCGAGCGAGCGGGAAGACUGGGUACUACGGACAGUUGUUCGCGGAUACGUUUCAGCAAUGCGUGCCGGUGUUCUUUAAGAUGCUACGAGCGACGAACGAGGCCGAUCUCGGGGAGGCGGUGGACGCGUUCGUGGCUGGAUUGAAGAAGGCGAAUCGCGUGCUCGAGCUCGGCGCCGCGGCGCGCGCUGGGGGACCGUACGCGUGCGGCGAGCAGUUUACGACGUGCGACAUCAUGGCCAUGACAUUCGUACCUCGCUUUGAAAUCGUUCUCGCGCACUACCGCGAUUUCAACCUUCGCGAGACUUUGGCACGAAACGAAUGCUCCGCGCUAGAAAAGUGGAUCGACGCCGUGAGUUCAAGACCAAGCCUGGUUUACACCUUCGGCGAGAUCGAGCGUUUAACGGGAAAGACGCACGAGCAGGCUUUCGUCGAUCAUUUUGCCAAGUUCGUAACGUGGCGAUCGAACGAGGGCCGUGUCGCGACCUAG